CCGCUUCGACGAGGCCAACCACCUAAACCCACUCGUUAGAAAAGAAUUGUUGGAGUGUGUGAUAUUUGAUCCGUAUCAAUCGAUCGAGUACAAUGGAGGAUUCUACGCUCAAGGAGCGUCUCCUCAAUUCACAGAAGUCUUUCGAUGGACUUCUGUCAUUAAUACCAGCCAAGAUGUACUACGGGGAGGAGACAAGUGACCAAUGGAAACGCAAGAAGCAGACCAAAGCCGAAGCCGCCGCUGCCAGGCGAAAUAAGCUAGACCCCGAUAGUGACUUAAACCGAAGCGUCAAGGAAGUAAUGGAUGAGCAAGCCCAAAAGAAACGAAAGCGAGAUCAAAUGCAAGAUGGCGAUGAAGAUGCUUGGUCUGAUAUCGAUGGAGUCGACGCAGAGAAGCCUGGUGAGGGAUUGAAAAAGAAGACAUUGAAGGAUGUAAAGAAGAAACAGAAGAAAUCUGACGAUGAGCAACCCGAGUUAAGCGAAAAGGAACGACGGAAGGAAGAGAAGAAAGCUGCGCGAAAGGAGCGAAAGGCAGAGCGACAGCUAUUAAGAGAGGAAGAGGCAGCCUUCCAGAGGCAAACAAUUAAGGGUGUCAACAAGAUCAAGCUCGGACCCAGAGAAACGAGAACUGAUCCAACACCGAGCAAAAACACCCAAGAUGCCGACAUUAGCAGAGAGGUUGACGAUGUCGAACCUUCAGAUAUGAAAGAUCUCGAUGUCGCCGGCCUUGAUGGUCCUAACGAAGAACAAAACUCUACUUCCGCCCCGUCACCUCCAUCAGAACCCCAAUCCCCUGUCUUUGAUACCAACGGCACGCCCGCCGACUCAACCGGCCAAGCUCCUAGCACUACUACAUCCAUAUCCUCCACAGCCCCAACCGAAAAGCCGAAGCAUAUAAAAUUACCCACUGAUGACACCAACCUCCGAGCACGCCUUGCCGCAAAGCUACAGGCGCUUCGCGACGCACGAAAAGCCGAUGUCGACGGCAAGCCUAUACGUACUCGUCAGGAACUCAUCGAAGCGCGCCGUCAGAAACAAGCCGAGCGCAAAGCCCAUAAGAAGGAGUUGCGACGGCAGGCUAAGGUAGAAGCGGACCAAAAGCGCGAGGAAGCCUUAGCGUCUGCUCGAAACUCACCGGGUAGCAUCCUCAGCCCGGCUAUUGACCUCGACAAUGACAACAACUUCUCCUUCGGUCGUGUUGGUUUCGGCGACGGCUCCCAACUAUCCCACGAUCUCACUCAUGUCCUGAAUAGCAACAAAAAGAAGGGACCAUCGGAUCCAAAGACGGCUCUUCAAAAACUAGAGAAUCAGAAGAAGCGAUUGCAAGACAUGAACGAAGAGAAGCGAAAAGACGUCGAAGAUAAAGAGCUUUGGUUAACGGCAAGGCGACGUGCAGAGGGCGAGAAGAUCAAGGAUGACGAGAAGCUACUUAAGAAGGCCGUCAAGCGCAAGGAGACAGCCAAGAAGAAGAGUGAGAAGGAUUGGUCUGCUAGGAAAGAAGGUGUUGCCAAGUCGAUGAAGGACCGGCAAAAGAAGAGGGAAGAAAACAUCAAGAAACGACGAGACGAAAAGCUCUUGGGCAAGGCUGGCAAAAAGAAGGGGGCUAAGAAAACUAAGGGUCGGGCUGGGUUCGAAGGCUCUUUCAUGGGUGGUGGCAAGAAGAAGUGAGCUCCCUCUGCUACUGUCAGGUAGCCUUCAUACGCUCCUGGUCGGAUGGAGUUGGGUAUCUCCCUCGGCGGCCAUGCUGCUCGAUGCUGUACAUACCGCGUGUUUCUCAGGUACCUAUUGAUAAUGGCAUCGGCGGAUCUGAUUGGUUCUGGUUUCUAAAAUACGGGAUAGCGCUGGGCAUCUCAUGUACGUAGGUAUAACAUUGUUAUACUGGUUAACAAGUCGAAUGCGUGGCAAGUAGCUGGGUAUAUUUACGAUGAUAGGAC